UCUAAAGAGCCAGCCUGCCAUGCCAGCGCCAGGGCCAGCCUUGUGCAGCCUCUCCUCAAGCCCCUCGUCGUCCUCCUCGUCCUAUAUAUUCACACGAACACACACACACAAAGCCAGCCUUGGCACCACCACAAAGCCUGAAAUCGGUCGCUGCGCAUUACACAGGAGCCAGCAGCAAGCGAGCGAGCGAGCUGCACCUUUGCCACAACCAUGAUCAAGCUGGGGUACUCCAAGAGGCUGUUCAAGAGAAGCACCUCCUCGUCCAAGCAGCAGCAGCAGCAGGCGGCCGCUUGUGGCGGCGGCGACAAUGGCGUCGGUGGCGGCGCCGGGGAGAUUGAGUGGGAGGUGAGGCCCGGAGGGAUGCUGGUGCAGAAGAGGAACGGGAGGGGCGGCCAGGAGAUGGUCACUGUCAGGGUGUCCACCGGCUUCUCCUGGCAUGAUGUGUCCAUUGCAGCCACCUCCACUUUUGGGGAGCUGAAGGUGAUGUUAUCCAUGAUAACAGGACUGGAGCCUCGGGAGCAGAGGUUGCUGUUCAGGGGCAAAGAGAGAGAUGACACUGAUCACCUCCACAUGGUUGGGGUGAGGGACAAGGACAAGGUCCUCCUCCUAGAGGACCCGGCCCUCAAGGACAUGAAGCUCCGAGCUCUCUCGGCCCAAGUUACGCGGAGCUCGUGCCAGCCUUUUAUCCAAGUGUAACUCGGAUCAGCCCGUUACCGUGCUAACUAUCACCACUACUUAUUAGUUAUAAGAUCGUGUUACUAUUUAGUAUCGUGAAGGUACUUUUAAUUUCUGGAAGGUUUUAUUAUAUCCGGAAUCCAAGGGGUUUGUUCUCUAAACCCCUCUUAGUCCACUCUUAGUGCCACUCCAUGCAAGGGCUAAGGGUCCCUGAAGAUGAGAGUGAGAGAGCCUUUUAAUCAUGUUGUAGCUUGUUGCAAGUGUCAGCCAUGGUGGUUGUGAUGUGAUUUGUUGAAGCCUAGUAUUGGGAUUCUUUUUAUGGUCCCGACUACUGUGGUCAUUUCUCAUUCCUACCUACAUGCAUGGGUCAUGGAUAGGCAUGAGAAAAGAUUGUAUGUAUCUUGUGUUCCUGUUCCCAAUGAAUGAAUGGAUGAAAUAACCAAACGUGUGUCCCUUUC